AAAGAAGACUUGAAAAUGUUCCCACGUUCUCGCUGCGCAAGUGUGAGUUGCGCGUGCGUGUGAAAUUCUUCGGUGAGAAGAUGAACGCCCAGGCACAAGAACACGGUCAUGCUGUUGUUGUAUGGGAAUGGGAAAAUCGUCAUGGGCGAUGGAGACCUUAUAGCCCCGCUGUAUCGCAACAUCUCGAGAGAGCGCAUUGCAAAAAACUUACUCGCGUUUUCCUUAACGAUGCAGAUCCACAUUUGGAUAGAUAUUACAUAAAUUUGAAGACUAAGACACAAUGUAGCGAGGAUGGGGAUGAGACGCAUAAUGUCAGGAGAAAAUAUUAUUUUCCAAGUUCUCCAGCUGGGAAAGGAGCCAAAUGGGAAUGGGCUGGUGAUAAAGAUGAUUGGCAUACCUACGAUAUGGAAGUACAAUGCCUCAUAGAAGAGGCAUGGGCAAGGGGUGAAAAGACUAUUGACGUCUCUAAAACAUAUUUGGCUUUUCCUUAUAUUAUAAACUUUUGUAAUUUAACUCAAGUACGUUGCUGUACUGGAUAUGUAAGACCAAUAAGACGAAUUCAGCAAGCACCUUAUCCUUUAGUCAAAGUCGCUUUAGAAGAACUACAAGUUAUUUCUGACAAGAAAGUUGUACCUGCAAUUGCUAAAAGCUCAACUGCAAAAGUAACACAUAAAAAGUCGUCUGCGGGAAGUACAAAAAAGAAUAAUAAGAAGGGGAAAAAUGGAGAUACCGGCCCGUCAAACAUAGCUCGUGUUAUUUUAAGUAAUUUCAAUAUAUUUAGUAAUAAACACGGAGUAGAAAACAAUAAUUCAAUUGCAACUAUUGAAUCCGGACAAAAGAGGAAAACUUGGGAUAGUGCAUUGGACGUAGAUUCUAGUAGUACGAAAAGUGGUAGAAGGCCAAGUGUUGAUACUGUUUCUACAUAUUUAAGUCAUGAAAAUCCAGUAGACUUAUUGGAUAGCAGUGUGGGCAGCGAUGAUGCAUUCAAAGAUACUAUUUUGGGUGUAGAUGCUGAAUCAGAUGUUAUUUCUCAGUAUGUAAAAGUAGUGGAAAGUGACAAUUCUGAUUCUUGUCCCGUGUGCCUCGGUGUGCCCGAGCCACUGACAGUAGAAUUGACACGCUGUAAACAUAGAUUACACUUAGCAUGUUUGAAUGCUAUGCUGGGUUGUCAGCAACCUCCAAUGUAUAUACAGUGCCCUGUUUGUCGCCUAAUUUAUGGAGAGAAAAGAGGUAAUCAACCUCCUGGAUCUAUGAACUGGACAAGAAUACCUCGAGCUCUGCCCGGUUUUCAAAAUACGAAUACGAUACAGAUAACUUACGACAUUCCAUCAGGAAUUCAGGGAAACGAACAUCCCAAUCCUGGUCAAGCUUAUUAUGCUGUAGGUUUCCCACGAGUAUGUUACCUUCCAGAUAAUAAUUUAGGUCGUAGAGUAUUAAGAUUGCUACAAAUUGCAUUUGAACGAAGACUGAUAUUCACGGUCGGGCGGUCGGUAACCACUGGACGAGAAGACGUAGUGACAUGGAACGAAAUUCAUCAUAAGACUGAAUUAGGGCCAUCGACAACUGGACACGGUUAUCCUGACACGAGUUACCUUGAAAGGACAUUAGCUGAAUUGGCGGCUCAGGGUGUAACAGAUACGCAACCAUAAUUAAUACUGUAUCAGAAAUUGCUGGGCAAUCAAAUUUUGCAUUUUAAUUUUGGUUGAUUCAAAAUUUAUCGCAAAUUAGCUUUAUACAUUUCACAAACGUGAAUCUCGAAACUGUUGUUUUUUUCUUUUCAUAUAUAUUAAAAAGAAGAUCUG